CCUUGGGCCGCCCUAUAAGGCACUGUACUCACUCAAAGACCUGUCUAACCCUGUCACACUAACUCGAUCUUUUUUUAUUAACCAUUGCUUCCUUUUUGGACCUUUUCUAUUCAGGUUUAUUGUAUUCAUUCGUUCAGAAAAUCUCUAAAAGAACCUGAUCCAGCAUGAAGUCGACUUUAUGCCGUUUGGCAAAAGCUACAAAAGCGAGUAAGAAAACCGGCCCCGGUGUUCGUGAUGAGUCUGUGCAGCUUUUGAGAAGUACAUUGUAUGAAACUCCUUAUAAAACCACUUUACACAUGGACAAGGAAUCGUGGAAAAAGCAUGAAAUUAUCAAUAGAGCCUGGGGCAUACAUCAGAGUAGGAAGCAAAAAGAAAUCAAAAAUUUAUAUGACAAGCAAUUUCAAGCUAUGCAAGAAGCCUGCGAAGAGCUUCGCUUAACCAGCGAAAAUUUGUUUAAUGCCGCUAUGACCGGAUCAAAGAGUCGGAGAUUCCCUAUUCAGACACGGAUACCCACAGAAACUCCUCCAAGAGCUGUGAAUUAAUUUUUGGUUUAGCAUGUGUUUCAUGUUUUACAAUUUUUGCAACAGAGGUGCACAACUUUAGAGCGAGUGUGAAUUGGUACAAUAAAUUCAUGGGCCUUUUCUCUUUGCUAAACAUUUAAUUACAGGAAAGCGUCAUAGAAAUGUGUUUAAAAUAAAGCCAUAAUAUUAUUAAGUAAAAGUUUUUCCCCUCAUACA